AUGCCAGAGGUUAGAGAGCUCACCGAUGCUUUGGCCAACGUGCCUAUGGACCCCAUUACCGGCGUUGGCGUCGUCGCCUCCCGGAACCGGGCCCCGACCAAUUACGACGUGAGUCACUUAGGAAAUGUCUUGGUUGACAUGAAACUCAUAGACAUAAAAGAUACUUUGCCCGUCGGCUUCAUCCCAAUUCAAGAAACUAUGGAUACACAAGAAACUGCUUUCCGGAAAAAGAGAUUGUGCAUUAAAUUUAUCCCCCGGGAUUCUACAGAGGCCGCCAUUUGUGAUGUCCGCAUACUGGGCCGAGGCAAACAAACUCCUCAACAAUAUACGUAUAUCGGGGAAUUGAACAACAUGGGGAUCUGGUAUCGGAUGGGGAAGGUCCCUCGAAAUCAUGAAUCAUCUCAGCCUACCACACCUUCUCCACAAGCACCAGCCACCACACCAGCUGCCAACCUUCCCAGACAUAUAUCGUUGACACUUCCCGCCAGCUUUCGAGGGAAAGGCAACGGCACUCGGCCAGACUUUGAGUACCAGCAUUCCAAUUUAUAUGCCAUUUCAG